AGUGCGCAUGCGUCUAGCGCGUACCUGCUGGGCUAGUAGUGCGGUUCAGGCGUUCAUGGACUGGAGCAGAGGCUUUGUGGAUUGUCACUGUCACCUGUCUGCGGCAGAGUUCAGCCAUGACAUCGAUAAUGUCUUGGAUGAAGCCAAAGCUGCCGGUGUGCAGGCCCUUGUGGCUGUUGCAGAACAUUCAGCAGAGUUUGAAAAAGUAAUUCAGCUUUCUAGACGGUAUCCGGAGCUGGUCUUCCCGUGUCUAGGAGUGCACCCUGUCCAAGCUUCAAAUGCAGAGCAGCAACGCAGUGCGAAUCUUAAGGAUUUAGAAGAUGCUCUUCCUUUGAUAGAACACUACAAAGAUGACUUGCUGGCUAUUGGAGAGGUGGGUUUGGAUUUCACUCCACGGAUAGCGAACACAGACGACCAGAAAGAAGAGCAACGUCAGGUGUUCAUCAGACAGAUUCAACUGGCCAAGCAGCUCGGCCUGCCUCUAAAUGUUCAUUCGCGUUCAGCUGGAAGACCAACUAUUAACCUCUUGAAGGAACAAGGGGCUGAGCAUGUCCUUCUCCAUGCAUUUGAUGGGAAGCCAUCAGUGGCGAUGGAAGGUGUCAAAGCUGGGUAUUAUUUUUCCAUUCCCCCCUCAAUCAUCAGAAGUGAGCAGAAGCAGAAGCUGGUGAAGCAGCUGCCUCUAGAGAACCUGUGUUUGGAGACAGACUCCCCGGCUCUGGGACCAGAGAAGCAGAUUAGAAAUGAACCCAAGAACAUAACAUACGCUGCCGAGUAUAUCGCCAAGGUCAAAGGAAUCUCAUUGGAAGAAGUUACUCGUGUCACUACUGAGAAUGCCUUGAGAUUGUUCCCCAGACUGCUGCGGGUCGUCCAGAAAUAAAGACACUUUUUAGUUAUAUGAGCCGAAGUUACUGACUGCUGAGGCUCGUCUACAAAAUCAGUUGUUCAAGCAGGGGAUCACUGCCCACGGUGGCUUAAAGGGAUUUUACGGGUUGCAAAUACUGAUAACCUGUCUUGUGGAGGGUGGGGGGGUCUGACACCAUGCACCCCCAAUAUCAGGGCGCCGGAAGUAGCAUUUUGAUUGAAGCCCAAAGCUUAGUUGCAUUCAAAGUGUAUGGCUGAUCUGCCAUUCAAUGAAGGUAACCCGGUACGGCCACUGCACUUCAAAUGGAGAUCAGCUUAUGGCUUCUUUCAAAGUGCUAGUUCCUGCAGAUCGGUGGAGGUGCUAUGUGUCGGACCCACACCGAUUGGAUAUCGAAGACCUAGCCAUAGGAUAAGCCAUCAUUAUUAAGCACCUGGAAAACCCCUUAUUCAGCUACCAAUAUUAAAGGGGUGUUCCGGCUUCAGAAUACUUCAGGACAGGCCAUCGGUUGGAAUCCGACUCUCACCGAUCAGCUGUUUGAAGGGGCCGCGGCGCUCAUCUGAGCCUCUUCAAUGUUUAGUGCAUGCUGUCUACAUAGUAGGGUCGGGCAGGGUCAUUACAGCAUCAUCCCAUUCAUGUUAAGGGGCUGUUCACAUGGAAUCCGCGCCGAAUUCUGUCUGCAGUGGAGAAAAUGUGCAAGAAAUCCACACAUAUUAAAAUCUCAUCCCAGGGGCAGACUGGCCAUAGAGCCUGGUGGGCCGAUGGUCAGGGGGCCGCCUAAGCCAUCUUCACAGCUGUCGCCCAGGUGCAUAACAAUCUGAUGUUCUCAUCGUUAAUACUAAGAGCAUCAGGUAUUUGUGUACCCAGGAAGCCGCCGCUGGGGCCCUCUUGAAUUUAACUGUAUUGUCCUCCUCAGGACAGCAAGGGUCCAUUCACACGUCCGUAUGUGUUUUGCGGAUCUGCAAAACACGGACACCGGCAAUGUGCGGACCGCACAUCGCCGGCACUCUUAUA